UCUCAGAACCUGCAGGCCUUGGGGGGUCUGAUCGGGGUCACCAACGCCCGGCUGGGCGCCGUCAAGACACGGUUCGAGGGGCUGUGUUUGCUCUCCCUGCUGGUGAGCGAGAGCCCCACGGAGCCGUUCCAACAACACUGCCUGGGCUGGCUGCGCGCUCUGCAGCACCUGCUCCAGUCCCAGGACCCCGCCCCCACCAUGGCGCUGGGGGCGGCCGUGCUGCGGGACCUGCUGCUCUACUCCUGCCAGCUGCCCGAGCUGGCGCGAGACAUCGCCACCAACCACAUCCCCGGGCUGCUCACCUCCCUGCUGGCCCUCAAACCCGAGGUGAUGCCUGCAACUCCUGCUGAGGUACCCGCGCCCCCCUGCAGCUCCCCCCCCCCCACGUUCCCCGUCUCCGACCGCACCGGGCUCUCCGGCCUGGCCAAGUGCCUGCAACUCCUGCUGAGCAGCGAGUUUGUGGCUCCGGUGACGGUUCCGGUCCAGGACAUUCUGGAUCUCGUGUGCCGGGCUCUGAACAUCUCCAUUAAGAAUAUCAGCUGGUUCGGCGAUGGUCCCCUGAAGAUGCUGCUGCUGCCGUCUGUCCACCUGGAGAUCCUGGAUGUGCUGGCGGCCUUGAUCCUGGCGUGUGGGGCCCGGCUGGCGCGCUGGGGCAGCGUUCUGGGCCGGCUCUUCCCCCAGGUGCUGGGUGCCUGGAGCAGCAGCAGCGACUCGGUGCCGCCAGGCCAAGAGAAGCCCUACAGUGCCGUGCGCACCAGGCUCUACCAGGUCCUGGAGCUGUGGGUGCAGGUGGGCGGGGCCGGCGCGGGGGUGCUGCAGGGCCCCCCCCACCACAGCGAGGCCCUGCUGGCCCACCUGCUGAACGACAUCGCCCCCCCCACGGACAGCGUCAAGUUGAAAGUGGGGCGCCCUGGCUCGGAGGGGAAGCCCAGCGCCCCCAAGAAGCCGAAGCUCUCGGAGGGGGGUGAGGCCCCCUCCCUGCACCGCAAGCAGGACCCCAUGGCUAACAGUGACGUCUGCAAGGCGGCUCUGCAAGCGCUGAGCCGGGCCAUCCUGCUGGGAGGGAGUCUGGUCAAGGAGGAGACCCACAGGAGGCUGCAGGAGCUGGUGGUGCCGCUGCUGCUCCGCCUGGCCCAGGGGGACGUCCCCCCCGGGGGCUCCUACGCCAGCCCGGCCUGUCGCCACCAGCUCUACCGCCUGCUGUUGGCCCUGCUCCUGGCACCCGCGCCCACCUGCCCCCCGCCCCUGCACUGCGCCCUGCGGGCAUUUGCCCUGGGCCAGCGGGACCCCAGCCUGCAGGUCUCGUCCUUCUGCGCCGAAGCCCUGGUGACCUGCAGCGCCCUGGCACGCCCCCGGGUGCCCUCCCUGCAGCUGCCCCUCCCCGCCCCCACCCCCUCGGCUGGCCCCGCCCCCUCGGACCUGGCCGCCUCCCCCUUCCGCCAGGCCCCGCCCUUCCCCGCCCCGCCGCCCGCCCGCCCCCCGUCCGCCAACCACCUGGGGCUGGCACCGCCCCGGCUGCCCCCUUCCACCGGCCCCGGCCUGGCGCUGGCGGAGGAGCCCGGAGAGGCGGGCGACCCCCGGCUGCUGGCCCCGCCCUCGCCUGGGGGUGCGGAGGAGGGGGGGGCGGGGCUGGGGGGCAAGUCCCGUCGCCCCGUCUACGUGCACUACGAGAAGGAGGAGGAGUCGGACGUGGAGAUCUCCCUGGAGAGCGACUCCGAUGACAGCGUGGUCAUCGUCCCCAAGGGGCUGCUGCCCAAGCCCCCCCCGCCGCCUCCGCCUCCCCCUGCGCCCCCCUCCCCACCCCCUGCUCAGCCCCCCGAGGAGCCGCCCGCCGCCCCGCUCCUGCCCGCUGCCGGCGAGGCGCUGCCCGGCCUGGGCGAGGAGAACCCGGCUGUGAUCAACAUUAACAGCAGCGAGGAGGAGGAGGAGGAGUUCCCGGAGGAGGAGGAAGACGAGGAGGAGGAGGAGGAAGAGGAGGAGGAGGAGUACUUCGACGAGGAAGACGAGGACUUCGAGGAGGAGGAGGAGGAGGAGGAGGAAUUCGAGGAGGAGGAAGAGCUGGGGGAGGAGGAAGAGGAGGAGGAGUACGAGGAGGAGGAAGGCCUGUCUGAGGAAGAGGAGGAGGAGGAGGAGGGGGCCUUGUCGGAGGAAGAGCGGGUCGCCCCCCGGCCCCCAGGAGCUGCCGGCCGCGCCCAGGGAGCCGGACGAUCUCAUCAUGGAGGUAGAGGAGAGCCAGGCACCCGAGCCGCCGCCCCCCGAGGAGGUGGAGGAGGAGGAGGUGGUGGUGAUGAAGGCUACCCCCUCCAGGCCCCGCCUCCUGGCCAGGAGGAGAUGGGGGCAGAGCCCCCACUGCUGGAAGCCCCGCCCCCCAUCCUGGAGGAGGAGCAGCCCCCCAAGGACGAGGGGGUGCCCCCGGCGGGGGAGCAGAGGGAUGGCGCCGGAGAGGGGGCCCAGCCCAGCCCCGAGCGGGAGCAGCCGGCCGGGAAGGCAGAGGCGGAGGCGGACGAGACAGAGACCAUGCUGGCUGACUUCAUCGACUGCCCCCCGGACGACGAGAAGGGGCCCCCUGAACCUGGCCCCUAGGGGGCCCCCCGACCCACCUGCCCACCCCCGGGAAUCCUCCCAACCAGCCCCCCCUCCCCCACUGUGUCCCCUGGAUGGUUCAAUAAACACACACACACCCAG